AUGGCGUGGACGACGAUCCUGCUGCUCGUGCUGGCGCAGCUUUUAGCGAGCUGCGGUCGCGCCGUCGAGGUCAACGACUCCGACGCGGCGAGCGACAAGCCGCUCGAGAUACGCCGCUGCUGUCGCCUCCAAGAGGACCUCGAGGAUCCGGGCAAGCUCGCGGACGGCCUGCCGCGAUGCGUGCCCAGCCCCGAGCCCUUCAAUCCCGAGGUCUACUCGCCGGAGAUCGGCAACUUCUUGCCCCAGCCCCCGAUCUCCUGGCGAUUCCUCGAGAACACGAGGCCCGUCUGCCGGCCGACCCAGCAGUUGCGCUUCAUUCCGCGCAACAAAUUCAAUCCCUUCGUGCUGCUGUCGUCCGGCAACGUCUACGUCGAAGUGGGUAGCGAGACGAGCCUAGCGCCCGACGAAUACUGCCUGGGCUCGAGAACUCUGCUGGCCUGCAUGCCGAGAAAGAACGAGAGCCUCCAGGCAGCUGCCACCAUGCGGCCCAAAAUAAGGAAGUGCUGCGGCGAGAACGCCAUUUACGACGUCGAGAGGCAGUCCUGCUUCCACGAUGGGAAAACGUCGAUAAUCACCGAGCAGACCCUGCUCGUAGGCAGCAACGAAAACAACCGAAAAAUGGCGGCGAUCGUCGAGAUGGUCGGCGGCUUCCCGACCAAAUGCCCCAACGAUUACACCCUGAUCGACGAGCUGUACGCGUCCGAGCUCCAGGCGGAUGGCAGUCUCCAAGUCAAACACAAGUUGGUGCCGGCCGAGGAGUUCUGCAUCGAGAGCGUUCAAGCUGUGGACAGCGAGCAUCUGUUGCCGGUCAAAGUGUUCGCUUGCUCGGAGCACGCGGCUGAAAGAAUGGGAGUCGCAGUACGAGACAUAAGAUUCACUCUAUAUCCGGUCGGCUUCAUCAUUAGUGCAGUAUUUCUAGCAGCGACUCUGGCAAGUGGAUGGCUGCUGCCGAGCUCGCAUCACCUACUGCACUGGCGAUGCCAAACGUACCACGUUACCUGCCUCAUGCUCGGCGACAUUACCAUGGCCAUCAUUCAGUUGGGCGGAACGUCACUUCAGGGCGAGUUCUGCCGUGCUCUGGCAAUCAUGGCUCACUUCUUUUUCUUGGCAACGUUUUUCUGGCUGAACACGAUGUGCUUCAACAUUUGGUGGACAUUUAGAGAUCUACGACCAGCGAGUCUUGAAAAAGGACAAGAAAUGCUACGUCUGAAAUUCUACGGUGCUUAUGCUUGGGGAGGGCCACUUGUUGUCGCUGGACUAGCGGCUGUACUUGAUCAUUUGCCUAUUUCACCAGAAUACAAUUUUCUACGCCCAGGUUUUGGAGAGAAGCAGUGCUGGUUUUACGGCAAUGCGGAGAUUCUGGCUUACUUUUUUGGACCUAUUGGUUUACUUUUGCUCAUCAAUCUUCUAUUUUUUGCCGCAACGGCUCGCGAAUUAACCUGUGGCCUUUGGAAAGGAGAAAUCGUUAAGAGUACUACCGAGCGAGCGGCCCUAGGCAAAGUAUGCCUAAAGCUUGUCAUCGUCAUGGGAGUGCCGUGGAUAUUUGACGUAAUUUCGUGGAUGGCAGGUGGUCCAGAGGCCCUUUGGUACGUAACCGACUUGUGCAACGCUGCUCAGGGCGUCCUCAUCUUCGUCGUCGUUGGCUGCCAGCCACAAGUUCGAGCGACAGCCAAGCGCUGGUUUCGCAAUCCCAGGACCAAUACCAAUUUACAGGGUAAUGGUCAUAGCACGACGAGUCAUGGGAUGCCCAGCAUAGGAGAUAGUAUUACUCAGAAUCCAAGCACCAAAGCCGUACCAUUGGAAACGAUUUGCUGAGGACACGAGCACCGAGAAUUGUUGAUCGCACCUGAACUCCGCUUUUAAAUUUUCGAAAAGAAAAUAGACGGAUUCAUUGCGAUAAUCGAUCUCGGUUUUCAUGAGAGAAUGCCUUUUUCAUUUUUGUAAACUCAUUGAAAGAAUAAUUAAGUUAUUUUUUUAUAAAUUGAAUCGGGUAAAUGAAAUGCAUUUAUUC